GCAAAACAUAAAAUGUCGAAGAAACAUUUGAAUUCUAAGAUGAAGAGGAAAACAUUGGCCUUACCUCCAAGAUUUCAGCAGAAUAGUUCUGGGAAAUAAGCCAUUGAAAGUUUGAAAGAUUUUGUCCUCGUCUUCGACUUUACAAUCAAGGAAGUUAUCAUAUCUGAUAAAUUUCAGGGCAAAUAGUACUUUUGAGAAGAAUCGAAAAAUACAGCAAUCUUCCUUUAAAUCUGUACUUCAAAGGAAUUCCUUUCAAGGAGAUGGUCCGAGUGGAAGAGAUCUAUCAUUCCUAUUUGGUACAACUCAUCAGUCAAAUCAAGAUAGAAACCAAAGAACUGAUGGGAAAAGCCUGAAUUAAACUAGCUAAUAUGACUGAUAUCUAUCCAAGAAGUGUCUCUCGUAACAAAAUUUUAGAGAAUAAACGUUAUAAUGAAUUUGAAGAAAUUAAAGAAUUUACAAACCGUAACAGUCAUAAAUCAAAAAUAGGCAAUAAAAUUAUUAAACUUACUGCUAAAGUAUCCUCAUCAGUAAAUUACCCAAAUUUGUUAAAGAGCUCCAAAGAAUCAAUCAACGAAUUCAUGUCCAAGAGACAUGUCUACAGUGACAAAGAAAAUGCAGAUGCUCUGAAAGAACUCAUUACAACAUUGGUGUCGCAGAAUGAAACCACUAGAGUGUCUUCUGAUGAGAAGCCCCCAUACAAAAGGACUUCACCUUGUAACCGUACAGACAAUAAUGAAUUUGACAAUGACUUAAAAUGAAAAAUGAUACAAGACUCAUUAAUAAAAAGUAUCGAUCAAGUCAAGACCCAUGAUGAAUUUGAGUUCUUCCCAAAUGCCUAUAGCACCAUUUGAAAAGGAAACAAAGACAGUAAAGAUACUGAGAAAAUAGUUGAAAUGCUAAUUAGAUCAAUCACAGACUUAUGUUACUCCAGAAAGGGUUUGUUAGACUAUACUCUAGUAAAUCAGGUUGCCAAUCAACGAACAGAUAUUAAAUAAGAAGAUCCUUGACUCAAUUCAUCAGAAUAUAAAAUACGUGGAGUCUAAUGAAAGCUCUUUUUACCAGAAGCUAGUUAAUAAAGACAUUGAUAUUUAUCACCUAAGUUUGUAUAAAUUUGGCAUUCAGGAGAUAAAUAAAAUUUACAAGACAAAGUCAAAGCCGCUUGCUAACCUACAUAAGGAAUUUCUUGAUAACUUUGAGCAAAGCAUUUCAACCGCAUUUGAAAGCCUGACUAAGAAGUACAUCCAUGCAGUUGAUGAGAUACAGGAAGACUUCAACAUACUUAAGAAAAAGUUAGAUGAGAUGAUAUCUGAGAAUGAAUUUUUAUCAAAACAAAUUAUCGAUUAUAAGAAUUCAUUUGCAACUGAAAAAUCUAAUAACCAAAUCUGUAAUUCCCUAUUACAUAAAGAAAUAUUUAAAUUUAAGGAACUAGAGGAAAAAUAUGAUGCCUCUCUGAAGACAAUAGAGAUUAUGUUCCCUAAUUUCAAAGAUGUCUUAAAAGACAAAAAGUUUAUAAAGUUGUUAGAAGCUACUGAGGUUCCUGAUCUGAAUAUAAGAAGAUAUGAAACCAAUAAAUUUCAAUAUGAUCCUCAAAAAGCAGGGAUUAUUAAGGAUGUAAUACGAAUAUUGCAAUGAGCUAAGAUGAAAACCCCUCUAGACCUUGAGAUCCAUGAGCUAAAUCAGGAAAUACUCGAUCAGAAAUAACACAAUUCUUGAGCUCAAUGCUGGAACAAUAAGAGGACUUCAAGACAAAUUAGAUAAAUUCUCAGCUACAAUUGAACAAUAUAUGGAUGAAAAUUCUACUCUUAAGGAAAGGCUGAAGCAAAGUUCCUCCACAAUUCAUGAUUUGAAAUAUAAACAUGAUAGGCAGAAUUCAAAAAUUAAGAAAUAUUUCAAGUCAAAAAUCUCUGCAGAUGUAUCUAUCCAAUGAGACGAGUCCUUCUUGGUCGCUAAACGGAUGAGCCAGCUUACUGAAGUUGAGUUCUUGAUGCCUACUAAUUCUAAUAGAAAGAAAUAUAGCAAUCAGAGGAGGAAGACCUUGAAGUCAAUAUUCCCUAUGAAGAAGGGGUUGUGCUCAACUGUUAAAGAAAUUUAAUACAUUUCAACUAUUAUAAGAAA